AUGCCGACACUUUUAUGGCGUCAAAGAGCAUACGAAGGGUUCGACCUAAAAGCUUUGUCUGAUCGAGUAGGGGAAGUGCUAAAUAGACUGGAAAGCUUACAAGAAAAGCUUGAAUCAGCUGUGCAGCAAAUGGAGAAGAACAAAGUAGACUUGCAUACAACUAAUAUUACAAAAUUGGAGUACAAGAAGUAUCUGGAGGAGGAAGUAAUCAGGCCUCUUUAUAGUGCUCACAUUUCUCUGAGACUGAUUCGGUUACCUAAGCCCGAAGGUAUUAGAAACUCUACGAUGAAAGAGGAGCCUUUGAUUAACACUUUUAUGAUUGAAGAGAUAAGGAAGUAUAUAACACCAAAGCAGAGUAGAGUUGGGAAGAUUACUAUAUAUGGUACAGAGAGGAUAUUCAAUACAAUUGGACAUGCCUGUGUGUUAUAUAAGAAAGAGCUGGAAGAGUACAUGAGCUAUGACAUUGGGUCUUAUUGUAAAGACGAUUGGAACUUAGCACAGAAGCUGAUGCUUAACGGUUGUGAUCCUUUGCCCCGAAGGCGGUGCUUGACAAGGGCCUCCAUGGUUUACCAGAAGCCUUACCCAAUCAAUGAGUCUCUGUGGAGAUUGCCAGAUGAUAGAAAUGUGAGGUGGAGCAAAUAUCUGUGCAGGAACUUUAAGUGCUUGAUGGGCAAUAACAGGAGGGGUUAUUCUAAGUGUGUCGGGUGUUUUGAAAUGGAGAAGGAAAAACUUAAAUGGGUUACAAACAGCUCCCUUCCCAUUGAUUUUCUGAUCAGUGAUGUGUUGGCUAUUAAGCCGGGGGAGAUAAGGAUUGGUCUUGACUUUGGUAUUGGUACAGGAACCUUUGCUGCAAGGAUGAGGGAACAUAAUGUUACAAUAGUCUCUACUGCUCUUAACCUUGGAGCUCCUUUCAAUGAGAUGAUUGCGCUGAGAGGUUUGAUCCCAUUGCACCUAACAUUGAAUCAACGGCUACCAUUCUUUGAUAACAUAAUGGACAUGAUUCAUACCACUGGGUUUCUGGAUGGCUGGAUUGACCUGCAAUUGCUGGAUUUUAUCCUGUUCGAUUGGGAUCGAAUUCUGAGGCCAGGCGGGUUGUUAUGGAUUGACCGGUUCUUCUGUCAAAGAAAGGAUUUGGAUGUCUUCAUGUACAUGUUUCUGCAGCUGAGAUACAAGAAGCACAAGUGGGCUAUUUCUCCUAAAUCAAAGGAUGAGGUCUACUUUUCUGCACUGUUGGAGAAACCUCCAAGAGCAAUAUGA